AAGGUGAAGAAACGGCAAGUCCCGGAAGAGAGGAGAAACGACAAACGAGAUCGCGUUCUCCUACAUUCUCCGAUUCCACAUCCGCAUUGCACUCUCAAAAAAAAGAAAAAAAGGAGAAUCGAUUUCAGAGCCCUGCAAAAACAACAAAAAAAAAGGGGGUGAGGCACAAAACCCACACACACACGACACAGACACCGCACAAUCCGAGAUGCUCAUUCUCUCUCCAGCUCACCAACUUAACUUUACCAUUUUGCCCUUCCCGGUACCUCCUCUUUUCCGCCGCCGACACUUGCCGCGUUACUGAUCCCUUCCACGCCCUGGCAACCCAUCUAUGCGAAACAAAACCGUCGCAAUCGUUUGGAUGCUGUGUUCCGGGAUUGUCCUUGGUGCAGGAUAAGAAGAAAUACAGAGAGAGAGAUGGUGGUGGCGGGAAUCCUAGGGUUUCAGGGAGUGGUGUAUGCGGUAUUGCUGUUAGGUUUUGUUUUGAUUAGGCAGGCAUGGAGGAAUGCGGAGGCGAAGAAGGAGGAGAUCGCGAGGUUGGUGGAGGAUGCAGCAAUUGCUGACAUGGUCGCUGCUUCAACUGAUUAUUACUCCUCCUCCACCACCACCACCGCCACGUCGAUUCCGGUUCCGGUGUCGGUGCCCAACUCGAGGUGGCACCAGUGUGUGGUGUGUUACGCUCCCACUACCAUGCGCUGUGCUCAGUGCAAGUCUGUUAGAUACUGCUCGGGUAAGUGUCAAAUUAUUCACUGGAGGCACGGUCACAAGGAUGAAUGCUGUCCUCCGGUUGCCACCGUGCAGCUGAAUGAGGAACCUGUUUCUCACAGGGCAGCAGUAUCAGAUUCAGAAUCGGAAACACAUUCCGGUAUUCAUGAAAUUAAAGGAACACAUGCUGGUAUAGCAUCUGCCCGUCACUCAUAUUCCGGUGCCAAUCCUUCUGUUUCUGCAAGGGAGUCUUUUGAUGGUGCUUCUCACAUCAGAUUGGCAAAACCUGUUGGCAACAGUACCACCGAGGAUACACGUGUUUCUUCUUCUCAUACCAAUGAGAGUGUGUCAACCCCUACAUUGCCGGUAGAGUCUAAAGAUUCUGUAAAUACAGAAGUUAAGGAUUCUGGUUCAAGUAAAAGAAGCAAGACAAAUUCUAGUAAUAGUGCUGGUGAGAAUGUCUCUAAGUCAAAGCCCUCCAAAACUAGGUCUGAUGUAUACCGUGAUGUGGUGUCAAAUUCUAGUGGCCAUGAACACCGGAGAAGAGUUGCUACAAUUGAAAAAUCAGUAGCAGAUACUAAGUGCAGAAACGUGUCUUCCUUGAAUAGUUGUAGUACAGAUUUUGUAGCUGAUCAUGAUUUGGUAGAAGAAUCACAUUUGUCCAAGCACAAAGAAGCACGAAAAUCAUCAUCUAGUUCUGCUGAUCUACUAUCCUCAACUACCAAGGGUGAUUUGGCAUCACAUUCCAAGUCUUCCAAAAGUGAUAAUUAUCACACACUGCCUGCCAAAAGUGCUAUACCUAAUCUGCCACUAAAUGUUCGUAAUGGUUUAAAAACAUCAAUGCAGAAGGUUGUCCAGCAGUUUAGAGGCUCAAAAGAGUCAAGAUCUGAUCUCGUAUCUGUUGAAAAUGAGGUGGCCUUUCCUUAUGAAUUAUUUUCGGAACUUUACUGCUAUGACAAGGUGAAACUAUUCCCCUUUGGCCUCACAAACUGCGGUAACAGCUGUUAUGCUAAUGCAGUGCUCCAAUGCCUGGCAUAUACUCGACCUAUAACUUCUUAUCUUUUUCAAGGCUUCCAUACAAAAAAAUGUCAGAAGAAGGGAUGGUGUUUUAUCUGCGAGUUUGAGUAUUUGAUUCAGAAGGCAAAGGAAGGGAACUCUCCACUUUCUCCAAUAGGGAUAUUAUCUAAAAUACACAAGAUUGGUAGCCAUUUUGGACAUGGAAGGGAGGAAGAUGCCCAUGAAUUUUUGAGGUGUGCAGUUGAUACAAUGCAAGCAAUUUGCCUUAAGGAAGCUGGCAUUUCAAGUCCUUUGGCAGAAGAAACAACUCUUAUUGGGUAUACUUUUGGAGGUUAUCUACGAUCUAAGAUAAAGUGCUUAAGGUGCCUGGGGAAAUCUGAGAGGUAUGAGAGAAUGAUGGAUCUGACUGUUGAGAUCGAUGGAGAUAUUGGAACUUUGGAGGAUGCUCUACGACAAUUUACAGCACCUGAAAUUUUGGAUAAAGACAAUAAGUAUAAUUGCAGCAGAUGUAAAUCCUAUGAGAAAGCCAAGAAGAAGUUGACAGUAUUGGAGGCACCAAAUAUUCUUACAAUUGUAUUAAAACGAUUUCAGUCUGGAAACUUUGAGAAGUUAAAUAAGUCAGUUCAGUUCCCUGAAGUCUUGAAUAUGACACCAUAUAUGAGUGGAACGAAAGAUAAAUCUCCACUGUACAGCCUUUAUGCAGUGGUUGUCCAUUUGGAUACCAUGAAUACUGCUUUUUCGGGCCACUAUAUUUGCUAUGUGAAGAAUAUUCAAGGAGAAUGGUUCAGGACUAAUGACAGUAAGGUAGAACCUGUUGAACUGUCAAGAGUCCUAGCAGAAAGGGCAUACAUGCUUCUUUAUGCAAGGCACUCUCCAAAACCUCGAGGUUUGGUUAGUAGCACUACAAUCUCUCCAAAGUUCAAGAGGAGGAACUUGGAAGCCAUUCCUUCUACUUCUAAGACGAGAUCAAGUACCACGGCUCCAAGUGCCGACUCGAGCUCCCUACAACAAAAGCAUGGCAAGCACCCUUCUUGGAGCGUUCUUGAUGAUUCCUUAAGCAAUGACUUUGCAUAUCUAGAAGAAUGGAGAUUCCACUAUGGGAUGGAUUCUUCAAGUGAAAGUUCUUCUCUCUUCAGCUCUUCUGAUGCAAGUUCUUGUAGUACUUCAAGUAUUAAGGACUCAGCCAGUUCUGCUGACUUCUCAGAUUACAUAUUUGGUGAGGUGGGAUCCAAUUGGUAUAACAACCAGGGACUUUCAUCUAACUCCUAUGAUAACUUAUCUACAGAAUUCUUAGUAGAUAGUGAUGCUAAUAGGAGGCACCGGCAAGACUCAGAGUUAGAGAAUAAAGCAGUUUUGUAUGCUAACAAAAACAGAAAUCAUAGUGGCAGUAGGGUUUUUGACCUUAAAAGAUUUGUCACUAUUAACCAUCGAGACAAAAGUUCUAGUACACAUGUGAAAAGAACUAGUAGAGAUGCAUCAGCUCAAACGUUUUAUUGAGUUUGAGUUGAUAUAGAAGCAAUUAUCUUGUAUUUUUGGUAUAGAGAAAAAAAAAUCAUUAUUUCGCCAA